AAGAAGAAUUAUCACCAAAUUAGAAUUAGAAGUUGAUUCCUUUUGGUUCGAUUCAAUUUGUUUUUGGAGAGAGAUGUCAUUUCUCCUCCGCGUAACACCGUCGCCGUGUCUUCUCAUUCCUCCUCCGCCGCUGUCUCACCGCCGGAGCUCAUCUCUGUUUCUCAAACAUCCAUUUCAACCAUCUCCGAGACCUCUGAGCUCCUGUAAACCCUAUGCUCUCCGUCUGCGAGCCAAUACAACAGUCAAUUCACUAAAACCCCUUGAAAAUGUUAAACCCUAUCUACAAUCGGAAUCUAAAACCAUCCUCCUUGGCUGGCUCUGCAGCUGUGUCUCUGUUGUCUCGCUUUCUCAGAUUGUUCCUAGGCUAGGCUCCUUCACUUCCAACCUAAACGCCAACGCCGCGAGCUUGAUGAAGCUCAGAGGCGAAUGUCUCGUGUUGGCGGGUUUGGUUUUAGCUAAAGUUGUUGCUUAUUAUCUGCAGCAAGCGUUUCUUUGGGAAGCUGCUUUGAAUACUGUUUACAAGAUUCGUGUUUUCGCGUAUCGGAGGGUUUUAGAGAGAGAAUUAGAGUUCUUUGAAGGUGGGAAUGGGAUUUCAUCAGGAGACAUUGCUUACAGGAUCACUGCUGAAGCUUCUGAAGUUGCUGACACUAUCUAUGCUCUUCUCAACACAGUUGUGCCCAGUGCUAUCCAGAUAUUUGUAAUGACGGCACAUAUGAUUGUUGCAAGUCCUGCCUUGACACUAGUCUCUGCAAUGGUGAUUCCAUCUGUUGCGCUUCUUACAGCGUAUCUUGGUGAUCGGCUUCGUAAGAUAUCUAGAAAGGCACAGAUUGCUUCUGCUCAACUUUCUACUUACUUGAAUGAGGUUCUUCCUGCAAUUUUGUUUGUGAAGGCUAAUAACGCAGAGAUCUCUGAGAGUGUGAGGUUUCAGAGGUUUGCUCGUGCUGACCUAGAUGAAAAUUUUAAGAAGAAGAAAAUGAAGUCACUUAUCCCUCAGAUUGUUCAAGUUAUGUAUCUCGGAUCAUUGUCGAUAUUUUGUGUUGGAGCAGUGAUACUUGCAGGCUCUUCUUUAAGCUCUAGUGCAAUUGUGUCCUUUGUAGCAUCAUUAGCUUUCUUGAUUGAUCCUGUCCAGGAUUUGGGAAAAGCUUAUAAUGAAUUGAAGCAAGGAGAGCCAGCGAUAGAACGUUUGUUUGAUUUGACCUCUUUGGAAUCUAAGGUGAUCGAGAGACCUGAGGCCAUUCAAUUGGAAAAAGUUGCUGGCGAAGUUGAGUUAUGCGAUAUAUCAUUUAAAUAUGACGAGAAUAUGCUUCCUGUUUUGGAUGGGUUAAAUCUUCAUAUUAAAGCAGGAGAGACUGUAGCUCUUGUUGGGCCAUCUGGAGGAGGAAAGACAACACUGAUCAAAUUGCUCCUCCGCCUUUAUGAACCUUCAUCUGGCUCUAUCUUCAUUGACAAAAAUGACAUCAAGGAUAUCAAAUUGGAAAGUUUGAGGAAGCAUGUUGGUCUGGUUUCACAGGACACAACUCUGUUUUCAGGGACAAUUGCUGACAACAUUGGGUACAGAGAUCUCACGACAGGAAUUGACAUGAAAAGAGUUGAGCUUGCUGCAAAAACUGCAAAUGCUGAUGAAUUUAUCAGAAACUUACCAGAGGGAUACAACACAGGAGUUGGUCCCAGGGGUUCAAGCUUAAGCGGAGGCCAGAAGCAAAGACUAGCUAUCGCAAGAGCGCUCUAUCAGAAUUCAUCGGUACUGAUUUUGGAUGAAGCAACAUCAGCAUUGGAUAGUUUGUCGGAGUUGCUAGUCAGAGAAGCUCUUGAACGUGUAAUGCAAGACCAUACGGUAAUUGUGAUUGCACAUAGGCUGGAGACAGUGAUGAUGGCGCAGAGAGUGUUCUUGUUAGAGAGGGGAAAGCUAAAGGAAUUGAAUCGCUCUUCUCUGUUAAGUACUCACAAGGACUCACUAUCAUCAGCUGGACUCGUCAUUUAAGAUCAAUGAAGUAAUGCUCAAGAG